CGCCUCGAUGUUAUACAUUACAACUAGUUAAGUCUAGAAAUUCAUCUAUUCGUCUUUCUUCGUCCUAUUCGUUAUUUAGUGUUUCCAUGUCUAAUAGCCACGAACUUUCCAUAGGCCAGGGAUUUAGGGGUGUUAAUAAG